AUGAUGAACCUCUGCGUUCUGAUCCUGUCUGUAGCCGGGAUUUAUGGACACGGAGCUGGAGAUCACGGAUUGUCAUACGCGUCCAGGGCGGAUCUGUCUGAGGAUUCGAUUCUCGUGGCGAACACCAGGAUGCGCGCGCCGUUCGGGAGAUCGACUUACAUCGAUCCAGUGAACGAUCUGGUGAUCGAGGUGCAGCCUGGAGACAAGUGCAGUGUCACAGUGCUGGAAAACGAUCCACUAUCCCAAAGACCUGGGCAUCUUACUCCCAAAAAGUUUCCUUGUGAAUUCGGACCCAAUGAUGUCAAAUAUUCGCACCUGGGCUCGAGAACCCCCGCGAGGGACCGUGUAAGACUCCAGCUCAGGUAUGACACCCAGACUGAGACCAUCGUCAUUCCGUUCAUGCUGGAGGUUGAAGUCUUUUUCACACAGUUGGAAAUAGUUACCAAAAAUAUGCCCCUCACGGUGGAUCAUCUCCAAGGACUUAGCAACUCAAUUGACAGAAAAGUGCUGGACUUCUCAUAUGACCGAGACUCCGAGCAGUGUGAGGUCACCUCGCUUGCAGCGGGCAGUGCCCUGCCUAGAUAUGGCGAGGUCACCAAUGAGAGCAAACUGGAGAAAAUGAUCGACUGUGACGCCUUCCUUCGGGCGGAUAUCCGCUACAAGCAUACCUCCAUCCUCAAGUCCCCGAACAGGGACUACAUCCCGAUGGUCGUCGAGCUCCGAAAUAAAGAAAACAAUUUACUGAAGCAGGAAUUCUUUCAAAUCAUGAUUCGGAUAAAACAAGGACUUCCGAACACCCCUCCGAAACCAAGUUUUGUCGCCAUGAUGAUGAUGGAAAUCGACCAAUUUGUCAUGACAGCCUUAACUCCUGAUAUGCUGGCCGCAGUAGAUACCGAAUCCGACCCAGACGAUCUCAUAUUCAACAUCACUACACCUUUCUCCAUUGAGGAGGGUUACAUAGUGAGCACGGACGACAGAAAUUUACCCAUAACGUCUUUCUAUCAACGUGACAUAACGGAUCUGAAAAUAGCUUACAAACCUCCGUCGAUGGACUCUGACACAGAAAGGAUCAUUCAGGUCGAGUUUGAAGUCUUGGAUACAGAUGGUGGCAUCUCAGAAGCUUUCGCUUUCAUGAUCGUUGUGAAACCUAUGAACACGCUGGCUCCGGUGGUGACCAGAAACACAGGGCAGCUCCUGUACGAGGGUCAGUCCAGACCCCUGUUCACUCCGAGCAACCUAGAAAUCAGUGACGAAGACAAUCUGGAUAGUGUCCGGAUCGCCGUGGUGGACGGCCUGCGACACGGUGAGCUCACCGUUCUUGGCUCCACCGAGAAAUACUUCACACCAGCUGAUCUUCAAGAUGGCAUUGUUGUCUAUCAGCAUGACGGCAGUGACACAUACAGCGAUAAUAUCGUUUUCAGAAUGACAGACGGCAGGAAUGACGUGGAGUUUUUGUUCCCGAUUACGAUCGUGCCCACCGAUGACGAAUCCCCCGUAAUAAAUGCCAACACGGGACUGGUGGUGUUCAAAAAACAGUUGGUUCCCAUUUCACCCCUGAUGCUCAGCGCAGCAGAUAUUGACUCUGAAGAUUCAACUAUUAGGUUUAGCAUUGAGCCUCCCGUGUCCACCAGUGGAGAGCUUCUCCUAAGGCAGUCAGAGGCUCCAGAAGAUCCAUCCUCAUGGAAGUUUAUUUCUAAAGAUGGUGUGUAUGAGAAGGUAGUGACGGAGUGGUUUCAGAAAGACAUUACAGAUGGAAAACUUUUCUACAGACACACAGGUCCACACAUUACACAAGCAGUCUCAGAUCAGUUUGUCUUCAAAGUACAGGAUGACGCAGACCCCCCGAAUCAGUCAGACGAGAACCUGUUCUUUAUACGGAUUCUGGCGAUUGAUGACGUCCCACCUGUACUCUUCCCCGGCGCUCCUUUAAGGAUGGAGGUGCAUGAGUAUCAGCUAACUUAUUUCAACAAGAAUGUACUUCGCUAUACUGAUCUGGACACUGAGGACAGAGACCUGAAAUAUAUAAUAACUCAACUGCCCACCGACACUGACAGAACUCAUCCGGUCAGAUUCGGAUCCAUCGUUUUAACAGAGCACCCGAACACCGAGGUGAAGGAGUUCACGCAAGCACAAGUGAACCAUCAUAAGAUUUCCUACAGCCCACCGGAUCUCGAUCUGGGUAUAACGGCUCACGUGGUGCAGUUCGGUUUUACAGUCGAGGACGCUGCUGGGAACAGCGCAGAAGGAAUCUUUACCAUAUUCUUGCAACCUGUUAACAACAAACCCCCGCAGAUAAUGAACACAGGGUUUACCAUCUUCGAGCGAGGCACACACAUCCUCACGAACGCUGAGCUCGAUACUACGGACCUCGAUACCGACAUCACACAGAUUUCCUUUACUUUAAGUCAGACUCCACAGCAUGGUCAGGUCCAGCUCAGCUUCACUGAUUUGAUCAAAGGAAAUUCUUUUAACCCCACAGAUAUUUCAACUGGCAAAAUUUCUUAUGUCCACAACGGCGAUGAGACCACCACGGACUCUUUUAAACUGGACGUCAGCGAUGGUGUCCAUGUAGUACCGAUCACAGUAAGGAUAUCGGUUAAACCGAUCGAUGACGAAGCGCCAACUUUGAAUCUUCACGCUGGUACCAUCGGUUCUCACCUAGACGUCCUGGAAAACGGUGCCACCAAGAUCACAAACGGCAUAAUCCAAGGGAAAGAUGAAGACACAGAUGACCUCAUGUUGACCUUCAUCGUCGAGGACGCCCCUGCGCAUGGCGAGAUCCUCGUGAAUGGAAAACCGUCCGGUGUGUUCACACAAGCUGAUAUCAUGAACGGAUUGGUUGCGUAUUUCCAUACGAGCGGCGAGAUUGGGACGUCCUCAAAGCAGGACGGCUUUAACCUCACGCUCACAGACAUGUCUGAUGAAUGGGCUGUAGGAGGAAAUAAGGUCACCGGGGUUCGUGUUCAUGUUACCAUCCUACCAGUGGAUAGCCAAGCCCCGGUGGUGACACUUGGUCCUGAAUUUAGUGUCCCAGAGGGGGAGAAGAACAGUAUUCGAGGACAUCAGUUACAAGUCGAAGAUGCAGAUACAUUUAUUGAUGAUAUCUUGUGCACUAUAAUCGUCCAGCCAUCAUUAGGUUACGUGGAGAACAUCUCCCCAGCACCAGGCUCUGAAAAAUCCAGGUCCGGAAUAGCCGUCAGUGCUUUUACAAUCAGAGAGGUCAAUGAUGGUCAUAUCAGUUACGUCCAGAGCAUACACAAAGGAGUUGAGCCGGUCGAGGACAAGUUCACAUUCAGAUGUUCAGACGGCGUGAACUUUUCAGAGACGCGGUCCUUCCCCAUCGUAAUCGUUCCCACCAAUGACGAGAAGCCAGAGAUCUUUACGAGAGAGUUUGUUGUCAUGGAGGGUAUGAAUGUCAUCAUCAGCACUCCCAUCUUGAACGGAGAUGAUGCCGAUAUUCCUGCUGAAGAUUUGACUUUCAUUAUUACAGAACCACCCAAACACGGUUUCAUCCUCAACCAGUUGGCUGCUGGAUCCACGCCCAUUAGCAACUUCACGUUAGAGCAAAUUAAAGAAGCCUCUAGUAUUAUUUAUGAACACGAUGACUCUGAGACUACAGAGGACACGUUUAAUAUCAUUCUCACAGAUGGCAAAUAUAACGUGGAAGGUACUGUCGUGGUAAAGAUCAUUGCUCUUGAUGACGAGACCCCAAGACUGGCCAUCAAUGAUGGUUUGGAAAUUGACAUCGGAGAGACCAAACAAAUAAACACUAAGAUCCUGAAGGCGACCGAUUUAGACUCAGACGACAGCACACUUACUUUUAUAAUCCGUUAUGGUCCAGGCCAGGGAGUUCUACAGAGAAGAACUAAACACGGCUCGUUUGAGAACAUCACAGUUGGUAUGAACUUCACACAGAAGGACGUUGACCAGGGUCUUAUUCGGUACACUCACAAUGGACAAGAAGGCAUCCGUGACCUCGUAAAGUUUGACGUAACUGAUGGAAUCAAUCCUUUAACUGAUAGAUAUUUUUACAUCACUGUUAGCAGCAUUGACAUGGUCUUUCCUGAAGUUAUCAGCAAAGGCGUAUCUCUUAAAGAAGGUGGACGGGUGAUGCUUACCACCGACCUUCUUAGUACCAGUGAUCUCAACAGCCCAGAUGAAAACCUGGUCUUCUCGAUCACCAGAGCCCCUGUGAGGGGACAUCUAGAAAGCACAGACUCUCCAGGAAUGCCUAUCACAUCUUUCACUCAGCUUCAGCUAGCUGGAAGUAAGAUCUACUACAUUCACACGUCAGAUGAUGAAAUCAAAAUGGACAGCUUCGAGUUUGAGGUCACUGAUGGGUACAACCCCGUGUUCCGCACCUUCCGCGUCUCCAUAGUUGACAUCGACAACAAGAAGCCUGUCCUGACUGUUCAUGAACUGCUGGUGGCUGAAGGUCAGGCCAAACUCAUUACACCGUUCGAGCUGACUGUAGAAGACCAGGAUACAGCCGAGGAACUUCUGAAAUUCACCCUCACCCAGCUGCCCGUCCACGGUAAACUGCUUUUCAACAACAGCCGUCCGGUUACGUCUUUCACCAAGCAGGACCUGAAUGAAAACCUCAUAAGUUACAAGCACGACGGCACAGAAUCGAGUCAGGACAGCUUCUCGUUCACCGUCACAGACGGAACUCAUACGGAUUUCUACGUUUUUCCCGACACUGUGUUCGAAACGCGCAGACCUCAGACUAUGAAAAUUACUAUCGCCCUGAUAGACGACGGCGUACCGCAGAUUGUGGUGAACAGAGGCGUCCCAACUUUGAAGGUCUUGCCGACCGGACGGCUAGGCCACCUCAUCACCAGCAAGGUGUUAAAGGCGGAUGACAGGGACAGUAGAACUGAUAAUCUGGUGUUUUACAUUACCAAACAACCACAUCACGGCUUCCUGAUCAACCUCGGGAAGGGGAACGAUUCCAUCAAGACAUUUACUCAAGCUGAUAUUGAUGACAUGAAGAUUUGCUACGUGUUGAAGCAGACAGUCAACGCCACCAGUGACGCCUUUACGUUCAACGUGGAAGACAGCGGAGAAAAUAAACUAAAGGGGCAGAAAUUCCACCUGGACUGGGCCUGGAUCUCUUUUCAGAACCGGAGCUACGUGGUGGACGAGCGGGCCGACGUGCUGGAGGUCGUUCUGCAGCGCAGGGGCUACCUGGGUGAAACCUCAUUUGUAGGAAUUGGCACCCUGGAUGGCAGCGCGGAGACGGAUAAGGACUUUCAGGGAAAGUUCCAGAAGCAGGUACAGUUUAACCCGGGUCAGACCGCCGCCACGUGGAAGAUCAAGAUCCUGCCUGACCAGAAGUACGAACGGUCCGAGACCUUCAGGAUUGUUCUGUCUGACCCGGUCAUGGGGGCUCUGUGGUCACCGGCGGUCGCCACGGUGGAGAUUGUGGAUCCAGAGGAUGAAUCUACAGUCUUCAUUCCUCAGGCUGAAUUUAGAAUCGAGGAGGACGUUGGAGAGCUUCUGGUCCCGGUCCACAGAACAGGAGACACCAGUGAGGAGAUGAUGGUGCUCUGCUAUACACUGCAAGGUUCAGCCACCGGGACGGUACCCAGCACGGUGUUGUCCUACUCAGACUACAUUUCCCGGGCGGAGGGACACACCAGCGUGCUGCGCUUCGAUAAGGGCGAGGCGGAGGCGUUCUGCCGGGUGGUGAUCAUCGACGACUCGCUGUACGAGGCUGAAGAAAGCUUUAACGUCUCCCUCAGCAUGCCCAUGGGCGGCCGCCUGGGCACAGAGUUUCCCAGCGCAUCAGUCAGCAUAAUGCCAGACAUGGAUGAUGCUCCCGUGUUCUACUUCGGUGAUCAGAAGUAUCAUGUGGACGAGAGCGAUGGUCACGUCGAGGUGCAGGUGUGGAGAACAGGCACGGACCUCUCCAAAGCAGCCACGGUCACGGUCAGAUCCCGUAAAACCGACCCUGUGUCAGCCGAAGCUGGCAUGGACUAUGUGGGCAUCAGCAAGAACCUGGACUUUGCUCCGGGUGUGAACGUGCAGACCGUCCGGGUCACCAUCCUGGACGACCUCGGCCAGCCACAUCUGGAGGGCACAGAGACAUUCGAGCUCGUCCUGCGCAUGCCCUCCAACGGCGUUCUGGGAGAGCCAGGGAGAGCGACCGUCUUCAUCAACGAUUCCGUCUCAGACUUGCCGACGGUGCAGUUCAAGCACGCCAGCCUGACGGUAGAGGAGAGCGACGGCAGCCUGACCGCUCCGAUCACGCGCGGCGGCGAUAUCAGCCGCAGGUCCAGCGUCCGCUGUUACACCCGCCAGGCGUCGGCUCAGGUGGGCACAGACUUUGAGGAGCGGCCCAACACCGAUACCUCCGUCAUCACCUUCCUACCAGGUGAGACGGAGAAGCAGUGUGUUUUGACCCUGGUGGACGACUCGCUGUAUGAAGAGGAGGAGGACGUGAGGCUGGUGCUCGGCAGCGCCGCGAGCGACUCCAAAUUAGGAGCUUCCAUCGGCGCGCGAAGCGAAACGCUCAUCAGGAUUAAAGAUACCACCGACAAACCCGUUAUUAAAUUCGCUCAGAUGAAGUUCAGCGUCAGUGAGCCGAAGGAUCUCGGGCAGAUCACCGCGGUCCGGAUCCCCGUACACCGGGUGGGAGAUUCCUCCGCGGUGUCAGUGGUGCGGGUGCACACUAAAGACGGUUCGGCUGUAUCGGGGCAGGACUACCACCCCAUCUCUCAAGAUGUUGAAUUUAAGGAGGGUGAGACGGAACAUUAUGUGGAGGUGGAAGUCCUGUACGAUGGGGUCAGAGAGAUGAGGGAAUCCUUCACGGUCCACCUUAAACCCGAUGAAAACAUGGUGGCUGAGAUUCAGAUGACCAAAGCUAUCGUGUACAUCGAGGAGACCGACAGCAUGGCCGGCGUGACGUUCCCGUCCCCGCCGCGCGUCGUGUCUCUGCUGCACUACGACGAUGUUAAACGGACUCUGCGCGACACCCACCCCCCCGCUGGCUACCCAGUGGUCUGCGUGACGGCCUGUAACCCCAAGUACCCAGACUAUGAGAAAACAGGCUCGAUAUGUACGAGCGAACACAUCAACGACACACUGACACGCUACCGCUGGCUCGUCAGCGCCCCCGCCGGUCCGGACGGUGUCACGAGCCCCAUGAGGGAGGUGGACUUCGACACGUUCUUCACCUCCUCCAAGAUGAUCACGCUGGACUCCGUUUACUUCCGGGCUGGAUCGCGGGUUCAGUGCGUGGCUCGCGCCGUCAACUCGGACAGACACGAAGGGCUCGAGCUCGGCAGCCCCGUCGUUCCCAUCAGCAUGGAAGAAGGUCUGUGCCACCCUCGUAAAGCGGGCACAGUGGGAGCCGAGCCUUUCUCUGCCAAGCUUCACUACACUGGCGCCGAGGACCCGGAACGUGCCAACCUCAUCAAGCUCAGUGUCACCAUGCCCCACACAGACGGCAUGCUCCCUGUGCUCUCCACCCGCGCUCUGUCCAACUUCGAGCUGACCCUGAGUCCGGACGGGAGUCGGGUCGGGAACCACCGCUGCUCCAACCUGCUGGACUUUAACGAGGUGCCCACACACCACGGGUUCAUCACGGAGGCGGAUCGGAGCACGGAGCGGGCGGGAGAGAGCGCGCCCUACCAGUACGACGCCACCAUGAGGGGUUCGAACACGCUGCGGUUUUACAGGAACCUCAACCUGGAGGCCUGUCUGUGGGAGUUCGUCAGUUAUUAUGACAUGUCUGAGCUGCUGACCGACUGUGGCGGGACCAUCGGGACAGACGGACAGGUGCUGAACCUGGUGCAGUCCUUCGUCACCCUCCGCGUCCCCCUCCACGUCUCCUACGUCUUUCACUCGCCCGUGGGCACCGACAGCUGGCAGCACUUCGACCUGCAGUCCGAGCUGCGGCUCACGUUCGUGUACGACACGGCUAUCUUGUGGAAGGAUGGAGUCGGCAGCCCACCGCAAGCCGAACUGCAAGGAACCCUGUACCCAACCAGUAUGAGGAUUAGCGACCAGGGCCGUCUGGUGGUCAACUUCCGCACCGAGGCUCGCUUUCGGGGACUGUUUGUGGCCUUGCAUUCUGCAUCUUCUCGGACCUCGACAGUCACGAGCGUGGACCACCGGGGGCUGACCUUUAACCUGUCGAUGAUCAGAACGGAACCCACGUACAACCAGCCGGUGCAGCAGUGGAGCUUCAGCUCGGACUUUGCCGUCCGUGAUUACUCCGGUACGUACCUGGUGAAGCUGAUUCCCUGCACCACGGCGCUCAACAUUCAGUACUCGGUUCCUGCAGUGUGUAACCCCAGAGAACCGGUCACUUUUGAACUGGACAUUAGAUUCCAGCAGGUGAGUGACCCUGUAGCGGUGGAGUUCAGUUUAAACACUCAGAUGUUUCUGCUGUCCAAGAGGUCAGUGUGGCUCUCUGAUGGAUCGAUGGGUUUUGGGCAGGAGAGCGACGCUGCUUUCGCAGAGGGUGAUGUGAUCUACGGGCGGGUGAUGGUGGACCCGGUGCAGAACCUGGGCGACUCGUUUCACUGUAACAUAGAGAAAGUUUUUCUGUGCACCGGAGCCGAUGGGUACGUGCCCAAAUACGACCCGACCAAGUUCGAGUUCGGCUGCUUGGCGCAUUCUCCGUCCCUGCUGUACAGAUUUAAAAUUAUCGACAAAUCACAGCCAGAGACUCAGGCUAAAAGCUUCGGAGACGUGGACUUUAAUGCUUUGCUGGCAGAAGACGACCCGUCAGCCCUCUCUCUGGUGAAGCAGCCCGGCUCAGACGGGUUCAGACUCGACUCGGCCGCCUUGUUUCAGGUGGCAGCAGGCCGUGAGUGGUACAUCCACACCAUUUACACGGUGCGCUCUAGAGAAAAUGCCAAGCGCGGACUCAUCAAGAGAAGCCUGGAGUACCAUUCUUUCGUGCCGAGCCACGCCCGAGUCUCACGCUCGGCCCAUGACGUGCCCGCUUUCGCCGAAGAGAUCAGCGCCGAACACAAUCGAGGCACCAACAUCAUGCACAUCGCUCUGGAACGUCAGAACUCCGCCCGGGGAGGGGAGGCCCACGCUGAGAGCUCGGCACGGCAGGACGCGGGCAUCGACGGCACUGAGGGGGCAGCGCUGGCUGUAGGGGUCUCAGUCGGGCUGCUGGUCUUCGCCCUCUUCAUCGCCAGCCUGUUUGUGGUGCUGCGCUGGCAGAGCAGGCCAGAAAAGGAGACGCUAAAGGUCUCAUCCAGCAGGCAGCCGGUCGUACUGAGGAGCGGCUUUGACCUGAACGACGGCUCUGAAGUCUGAAGGUUCUUGUGUGCCAGCUUGGACAGGUCAAAUUCUCAGUUGUGAUUGAACAAGUGCCUCAGAAAGUUCAAGUCCAGCCACAGGGGCGUCAUCUGGGUGAACGACGGUGACUUUACCAUUCCGACCCGAGCCGAGACGCCACCAACAGAUUCAUGAGGUUUCUGCCAAGUUUAAAAGAGAAAAGUUUCUAUUUAUUUUUAAUAAACAGGAGGAAUCUGGUAGUGUGGGGUUAUGUUAUGGGAUUGCUUAUUUAUAAUAGAGAAAUCUUUUUUUUUUUUUAUCGUUGUCAAAUCUAAUCACCAAAAUGAUGCAAUUUUUGUUGUUAGAAAGAUCCAAUAAAAAAAUACCUUUGUUUACAUGUACACACUCAGCACAGAAACAUCAGUCGUCCUGAUUUAAGGCCUGCAUGUAUAAAAACAAAGCAAAAUUAGGCUCAAGGUGAAUAAUAAAAGCCCUGCAGAAGA